UUUGAAACGCGUCCCUUUGACAACGGCGGCACCGCGUCCGACACAAAAGUCCGGGCGGUGGUGCAGCGUUCAAUGUCUUAGUAUUAGUACACUGUAUUUUUUAAAAUUGUUUUUAUUAUUAUUAUGGGAACCGAGGCACCUCUGUGGAAGCGCGUGCAGGCGUUUACCGGCCCCGUUCCUCGUGCAAGACAUGGACACCGAGCGGUGGCCAUACGGGAGCUGAUAGUGGUGUUUGGAGGUGGAAAUGAAGGAAUAGCGGAGGAGCUGCAUGUUUAUAACACAGUUUCCAGACAGUGGUUUCUGCCUGCAGUGAGAGGGGAUAUCCCCCCUGGCUGUGCUGCACAUGGGUUUGUGUGUGAUGGCACACGCAUCCUGGUGUUUGGAGGAAUGGUGGAAUUUGGACAAUACAGCAACAGUCUCUACGAGCUGCAGGCCAGUCGCUGGCUGUGGAAGAAGCUGAAGCCCCGGCCACCGAAGAACGCUUCGCCUCCCUGCCCUCGCCUGGGACACAGCUUCACUCUCCAUGGCAACAAGUGCUACCUGUUUGGAGGGCUGGCCAAUGACAGUGAAGAUUUAAAUGGAAACGUGCCUCGAUAUUUGGAUGAUUUCUAUGAGCUGGAGCUACAGACGCAGUCUGGGGUCAAAGGCUGGACGAUCCCUGAAACAAAAGGAGGGGGUCCAUCACCCAGGGAGUCUCACACAUGCGUAGUGUACAGCGGAAAGAGCGGCAGCUCCCCGAAGCUUUACAUUUUUGGGGGCAUGUGUGGGAAUAGACUUGGAGAUCUGUGGCAGCUAGAUAUUGACACUAUGACCUGGUCAUUGCCCAAAACUACAGGACCUUCUCCUUUACCGAGAAGUCAACACUCUUCAAAUGUGAUUGGAAACCAGAUGUACGUGUUUGGCGGCUGGAUUCCUGCAGAGGAGAAGAACACUGUAGGAGCAGUAUGGAUCUGUAGUAACUCUUUGUUCACACUAAACUUCGACACAAUGACCUGGCGUGCUCUGAACCAUGAAAGCCACCCGCAACAGCAGUUAGGUAUAACUGUACCUGAGGAGGAUGAGGAAGAAGAGGGUCAUACCUGCUGGCCAAAAGCUCGCACCGGUCACUGCGCUGUUGCCAUCGGCACACGUCUAUACAUCUGGAGUGGACGAGAUGGCUAUAAGAAAAUCCGGAACUACCAAGUGUGCUUUAAAGACCUGUGGUAUUUGGAAACAGAGAAGCCAGCUACGCCAACCGCUGUACAAUUGGUCAAGUCCACUAUCAACAUGCUGCAUGUGGCUUGGCAUCCUUUACCUGCAGCCGACUGCUACCUGCUUCAGUUGCAGUAUGUUGCUCCACCCCCAGCUCCACAAACACAAGCGUCGGAUUCGCCAACUAUUCCAACCCCACCCGCCGGUAUUACAGAGGGGGAGGAGCCUCUGAAGAGACCUGUUCUUACACAAUCUGACCCAUGUCAAGGUGGUGGAGAUGUAAGCCACGAGAGCACAACACUACAGGAGAGAACUGGAGGUGGUGAGGCCGGCGCAGAGAGCACAGAUAAACAGAACAAAUUAGAAUUCAGUCCUGUAGCUGGCAUCAACAAGGGCGAGUCUGUAAAUAGGCAGCAGGCAGCUUCUGUGAGACUCGUUACGGAAGAAGCAAAUGAGCAGAACGGGACUAAAUCUCAGCAACUGCAAGAACAGGAGUAUUGUUUGAGCCCUUCAGGACAGUGUGAAAGAGCUGAAGACUCUGCAUGGUUUGAUGUUGGUAUAUUUAAAACACUCUUCGCUGAGGUCACACACUACUAUCUACACUCUGAGAAUGGGAGCACUGACCAAAUCUCCAGCGACAGCGAGUGGACGAUGCCAGGACCUCACAGUUUUGAAGGACAGGAAAAGAAAGAGCUAACAUCUAAUGUUACCUACCGGUUCAGAGUGGCAGGCAUAAACUGUUGUGGUCGAGGAGACUUCAGUCCAAUAGGGGAAUUUAAGACAUGCCAUCCAGGAUUCCCAGAGGCCCCUCCUGCUGUCAAAAUCACCAAGGCAUCUGAUUCUGUACACAUUACAUGGGAGUCACCCUCAAACUCAUCAGGGAAAAUUCAGGAAUAUUCCAUGUACCUAGCAGUGAAGAAGACGAGGGGAAACACCUCGGAGAAGCCAGGAGAUCUGACCUUUAUACGCAUUUACCGUGGUGCUAAGACCUCAUGUACAGUGAAUGCUGCGAACCUGAGUAAUGCAUAUAUCGACUGCUCUGCUCGUCCGGCCAUCGUGUUCCGCAUCGCUGCAAAGAACGAACGUGGCUAUGGGCCCGCAACUCAGAUCCGCUGGCUACAAGAAAGCAAUAAAAUCAAAUCGGCAUUAAAACCAGACUCCAGCCCUACCAACCCUGAGCCAGAUGACAUUAUUAGCUCUUGAUGACUGUAGAGGAACCGUUCUCAGUCCAGCUCUGAUGCUGAGCUGAGAUGUUUUCACAGGAGCCAUACAGUGUUUGUGUUUUCUAACGUUUUGUUCAGUUUCCUAAGUUAUUAUACUUUUUAUAUUGUUAAUUGUUGUACAUAAACAUUUGUAAGCUGUUAUUUUUUAUUAAUUAGUAUUUUAGCUAUGACUAGUGUUCAUUUCCAAAGCUGCAUUUUGGAUGUGGACUGAUCAAAAUUUUAUCAGAUUUCAAAUUUCUUUAAAACAGACAAACCCUUUAAUCUGGCAUAUUGUCAUAAUGCCAGACAAUACCAAAUAGUGAUAAUAGUUCAAGACAAUUCAUUACAUUAUUUUCUGUAAAAUGUCAUUUGUCAGUUUUAGGGUCUAGAGGGUUUAUUUUGAACUGUUUAGACUCCCCAAAGCCCGUGCACUUGAAAGUACAUGCAGCAGAAGUUGAUUAAUGUCCUACAAUAGUUUUCAUAAGAAACAACUUGCACAUAAACACAUAACCUCCAUUAAAACUGAUUAAAAAAGAUGUAUCGUUUACAUUUAACAGUUAUAUAAGGAGUCUCCAGUGUCGGUGUUUAUUAUAGACGGUGCUAAAAGUGUCAUUUAAUUUUUGUACACAGGAAGGUCUUUAGGACAGAUGACUGGGUGUAUUAUUCACUUCACUAACUACAACAAAGAGAGACGGGGGGAAAAAAAACUAGACAUUGGUUAUGACUUAACACAAAUAAUACCAGUAACUAACUUUUCAUUGACUUUCCACAACAUUGUCUUUAAAGCAAUAAAAAUGACAAAUUCUUA